UGUUAUUGUCAAUGUACUUCCGGGUACAAGUGCAGAGACUCGUCUGCAGCUGAUAUCUUCAUUCAUAACCACUUUAGUUUUUAAUCAUGUACCACCAACCCGUACUGAAAAACAGACGGACUCUACUGGAGCGAGCGGAGAAGUUCAUCUCCGAUAUAUAUUUCACAGACUGCAAUCUUAGAGGAAGACUGUUUGGAGAUACUCAUCCGCUGGAAUCCAUCACUGUGUUCCUGUCGGAGAAGCGUAUUCCUUAUUCAGAAGCCAUCCAACAGAACUUCCAGCCUUGUAAAGUUGGUGACGCAUUCGGACCCACAUGGUGGACGUGCUGGUUCAAAGUGGUCUUGAAGAUCCCAGAGACCUGGAGAGGGAAGGAGGUGCACCUGAGAUGGGAGAGCGAUGGAGAGGGAAUGGUGUGGCGGGAUCAACAACCAGUCCAGGGUUUGACCAAAGAAGGUGAGAAGACCAGUUAUGUUCUGACCGAGUGCUUGAAGGACAGCGAACCUCAUGGCAUUACCCUAUAUGUGGAACUUGCAUGUAAUGGACUUUUUGGAGCCGGACAAGGUUCCAUGAUCGCCGCCCCUGACCCAAACAGGAAGUUCAGUCUUCAGAAGGCCGAGCUUGUUGUUUUCAAUCAAGACGUUAGAGAGCUUCUCACAGACUUUGAGAUGCUUGUGGAUAUUGUCAAGAUACUAGGAGAAGGAGAGCAGCGCGGAUUCCAGGCCUUGUUUACAGCCAAUGAGAUGGUCAAUCUAUGCGAUCCAGCCAAUCCCAGUUCAUUUGCUGCUGCUCGGAGUCUAGCCCAGAAGUUUUUUGACCAGAAAAAUGGGCAGAGUCAACACGUGGUGCAUGCCAUGGGUCACUGUCAUAUUGACUCAGCUUGGUUGUGGCCAUAUGAAGAGACCAUCAGGAAGUGUGCUCGCAGCUGGGUCACUGUGAUCAGACUGAUGCAGAAGAACCCAGAGUUUGUCUUUACAUGCUCACAAGCACAGCAGUUCCAGUGGGUGAAGAGCUGGUACGCGAGCCUGUUCUCAGAGAUAAAGCAAUUUGUGCAGAAAGGCCAGUUUAUUCCGGUCGGAGGCACAUGGGUGGAAAUGGAUGGCAACUUGCCGUCUGGGGAAUCUAUGGUCAGACAGUUUCUACAUGGACAGAACUUCUUCAAGGAUGAAUUUGGACAUUAUUGUAAAGAGUUCUGGCUGCCAGACACGUUUGGUUACUCCGCACAGCUGCCUCAAAUCAUGAAUGGAUGUGGGAUUUCUCGUUUUCUUACUCAAAAGCUAAGUUGGAACCUUGUUAACACAUUCCCGCAUAACACGUUCUUUUGGGAAGGUAUUGAUGGGUCACAGGUUCUCACUCAUUUUCCUCCGGGUAACUCCUAUGAGAUGAAGGGAAAAGUGGAAGAUCUGAUUAAUACAGUGAAGAACAAUAAAGACAAGGGACGAGCCAAUCACAGCGCGGUAUUGUUUGGUUUUGGAGAUGGGGGCGGUGGCCCCACACAGCUAAUGCUGGACCGUCUGCAACGUGUUGGCGACACUGAUUGUCUACCAAAGGUCCAGAUGUCAAGUCCUGAUGUCCUGUUCUCUCAGCUGGAAGCAGACGCAUCCCUCCUGUGCACGUGGGUUGGCGAGCUCUUCCUUGAGCUACAUAAUGGCACUUACACCACACAAGCAAAGAUAAAAUUGGGAAACCGGCAAUGUGAAGCUUUGCUUCAUGACAUUGAGGUGGCUAGCUGUCUGGUCUUGUGUAAAAGAGAGAGCUUCAAAUACCCAGCAUGCCAACUUCAAGAGCUUUGGAGAUUGCUUCUACUCAAUCAGUUCCAUGACGUGAUUCCUGGAAGCUGUAUUGAGAUGGUUGUUGAGGAUGCUUUACAGUACUAUGACGAGAUACGCACCAUAGGGACAAGACUUCUUCUUGCUGCUUGUGAAUCACUGGGAUCCUCUUCUAGGAAGGGUGCAGGAUCCAGCAUAGCUGUGUUGAAUACUUUACCAUGGGAAAGAACUGAAGUCAUAUCCCUGCCAACCGAGGACACUCAAACAAGAUUAGCCUUGGUGAAAGUACCUAGCGUGGGCAUAGCUCAAGUCACAGAGACGGCAGAGCCUAAGGACUUUGUUUCUGUCACAAUGAUGGUCGAUGGGACUAUUAUAAUGGAGAAUGGUCUUUUGAAGGCCACAAUAGAUCAAACGGGUCGUUUGAUGUCUCUGCUUUUGCUUCCAGCAAACAGGGAAACCAUUUCUGAUGGUUGCCUCGGGAACCAGUUUGCUUUGUUUGAUGAUGUGCCUCUGUAUUGGGAUGCCUGGGAUGUGAUGGACUACCACCUUCAGACAAGGAAGCCUGCAGUUGAGGUCAUUGAGCCUGCCAAAGUGGUGAGAUCAGGGGGACUUCAGGGCUGCGUCGCUUUCUCUCUAAGAAUUAGCGGAAAAAGCACUAUUAGACAGGAGAUUCUUCUGGAUGCUUGCUGCCCCUGUAUCAAAUUCAGCACGCAGGUGGACUGGGAAGAGUCACAUAAGUUUCUGAAGGUGGAGUUCCCUGUGCAGGUGCGCAGCCCAAAUGCUACUUAUGAGAUCCAGUUUGGACACUUACAGAGGCCCACUCAUAGAAACACAUCCUGGGACUGGGCUCGCUUUGAGGUGUGGGGACACAAAUGGGCUGAUCUGUCUGAGCAUGGCUUUGGUGUGGCUCUUCUCAAUAACUCCAAAUAUGGAUACUCGAUCCAUGAAAACAUCAUGACCUUGUCCCUAUUGCGUGCUCCAAAAGCACCAGAUGCCAAUGCAGAUAUGGGUAGUCAUGAUUUUACCUAUGCCUUGAUGCCACACACAGGCCUCUUUCAGGAUGCUUCAGUUAUCCAGUACGCCUACAACCUGAACUUCCCGCUCCACGCCUUUCAUGGCGUCAUUGCUGAACCCUGGAGUGCAUUCUCUGUGAACUCUUCUGCCGUCAUCCUGGAGACCGUAAAACAGGCGGAAAGCAGAGAGAAUGCCCUACUCAUUCGCCUCUAUGAGUCUCACGGAAGCAGCGUGACUACGACUUUGUCAACUUCCCUUCCAAUCCAAGAAGCAUGGCAUUGUGAUCUCCUGGAGCGUCCUGAUUCCAGUAUUCCUGUGUCAAAGACCUCCUCUGGAAUAUCCUUAACAUUUAAACCCUUUCAGAUCAGAUCUCUCCUCUUAACUAUACAGAGAUCCAUUUAAUUGCAUAUCGAUU